AUGUCAGAUUUGCCGGAACCAGCAGUCCCCGCGGAACUCAAAGCUCAUAGUGCUACCGCCGGUAAAGGCAAGGUCCCGGCUAAAACGCCCAGAUUAUCCAUCCCAAAUACUCGGGAUAAUAACCCCAAUUAUAACCCAGACCCAUUAGAGGGUUCAACCUCCAACCUGCAACUUCAA